GUACACACCUAUUUAAGGAACUGCCGUAUAUAAUUUUUAUUUUUGUACAAAAAUUCUUUAUUAAAAAAUGAUAUCUAAAGUUCCUAGGCUCUCUAGAUCGUUUGUAAAGCGUUAUGUAAACAUUAAUGAUUAUGCUGUGCGGGAUUUUGCAAUUGCUUCAAACAACCUGUGGAAUUCAAGUAUCCAACAGCGAGUUUCUCUUUGCCCAAACAAAUGUCGCCCAUGGAAAACCGGUAUGCAGAAUAUGCAUUAUAGCACUGAAAAAAUACGUCAACCAAUACCGGGCGUAGAAUAUGGCGAUAUCAAAGAUUUACCAAACCACCCAGAAAAACUGUUAAUUGAUGUGCGUGAGCCACAGGAACUCUUAGAAACUGGAAAAAUUCCAACAAGUAUAAAUAUCCCACUGGAAUCCGUAGUGCAAGUAUUGGCCGAAGAUGUUAAACCGCAGAGAUUUCAAUCGAGGUACGGUCGCGGCAAGCCUUCUAUUCACGAUGAGAUAAUUUUUACUUGUAAACUAGGAAAACGUGCGCUUAAAGCAGCAGAAAUAGCAAGUGCAAUGGGGUAUACAAAUGUAAAAUACUAUCCCGGAUCUUGGGAAGAUUGGGUCGAAAAUGAAAAUAAGCAUUAAUUUGUGAAUAUGCCACAUA